CGCAGUUUUUCCUCAACAACUCACUCUAAUCGCAUCGGCAUUCUGUGCAUUAGCUUCGUCGGGCAUGAUUUGCGGCAUCUGCUUCGAUGAUGUAGGUAUCACCAACUCUCCAUCCCUGGUUCUGCGUCCGCCAACACCUUCGCCGCGCUUCCCCUCGGUCUGCGCCUGCCCUGCCCCUUCGAGCACCCGUUCUGCAUCCCCUGCUUGUCGUCGUACAUUAUGGCAAAGCUCGAUCCACAACGGGACGGCCACGGCGCCGGCGCAGACGUGAAGGUCUUCCCAAUCCCAUGUCCCAGCUGCGCCGCUGAACAGCGCACCGACAUUCAGCAACACACUUAUACUCAGCAACGCACUAAUACUCAGAAACGCAAUGCAAGCAGUACUCAGGCCGCAGAUAUCCCGGACACCAUCGCACAGCGGGUGCUCUCUGCAGACGACAUGCGUCUGUGGGCCCGGCACAACAGGAUAGAGCACGCGGAACUCAUAUCCCUUCCCAGAGUCCUAUCUGAGUCCCUCUACCCGUCCUUCGCGAAAAAUUGCUUGGUCCUUCCGUUCAUUCAAUCAUUCCUCUGCAUAUCUGACAGAAAGCUGAACUCUUCAUAGCACUGUGGGAUGUGGUUCGGAACCGCUGCUCGGGCAGGCCGCGCUGCGCCUAUUUUUGAUCGGCGAAUCAACUUGGCCGAGUCGUGCACG